AUGGCUUUCAGCGUCCCGCUUAGCUCGAGUCCGCCGUCGACUCCCGAUAAAUCGCGCAGUCUCGCCAGCAAUCAAUCCACCACGCCAGCUGGCCCGCCUCCGUCUUCCGUAGCCUCCUUCACUCCCCAGGGCCCUCCGCCGUCUACUGUGUUUGGGAGCUCUGGAAUCGGCUCACGGUCGAAGCUCAGCUUUUCCCAGUCGGCAUUCAGUCAGUCCGGCAAUUUUGACGGGUCCGAGAGCCUUGGUUCCUCGUUUGCAUCGUCGAACUAUCCGUUGCCCGGCACGAAGAAAAAUGGCAGGGCGGGAAAUUCCUUUGGCGGUCAGUCGCUCUUCAGUACCACGAACGGCAGCAGUUUUGGCGGAUUCGGUAAUCGUGGACGUAAUAUGAGUGGCAUCAGCGAGCGAACGGACGAUGACGAGGACGAUGCUGAGAACGAGGACGAAGACUACGAAGACGAGGAAGAGGAGCAAGAGAGUGAGGGAGAAGAAGAGGGGGAGGAGGAAGAAGAAGAGGACGCUGAGGAGGAAGACGCCGAGGAGGAAGACGCCGACGGUGAUAUGGACGUGGAAACUACGAAUAAUACUUCUGCUCCCGCUUUGGGAAAAAAGCCGUCCCCAAUGCCGUCGAUCGUUCGAGAUAUCGCUUCCCGAUCAAGUGUCGCAGCGGUUACGGAGCCCAGUGACAUGAUCGUCGAGACGGAGGAGCAAAUCGGUGAACUGUACGACAAGGCUCGAGAGGCGGAAUACAGAGAGAUCGACCUCGCAGCGACCCUGUCGGAAGUUUCCACGGCUCUGACGCAAGUUUGGAAUUCAUGCGCGGAGAGGGAAAGGCAGGAAUCGCGUCCGUUCCGUGCAGCCGGCGGUAUUGGGCCUGGAGAGAGCGCGACGGGCAUCGAGAAAGCUAGCUUUCUGGCUUCGUUGCUUUUGCCGCUUCAUCAGCGUCCUCUGGUCAAUGUCGGCGCGGGCAACCAAAAGAGUUCUGCUAUCCGUGCAGCCAGUCGAAGCCUCGUCCUGUCCGGAUCUAACGCUAAAACAUAUGUCCCUAUACCCAAAGUGUUGAUAGACUGGCUCAACGAGAACCACGGUCCUCAGACAGACGAGGUACAGGCACUGCGUGCGGUCGGUCCAAAUCCUACGGCCUCGCCAAAUUUCUGGAACACUGUUCAGGCUGCUAUUCUACGUGGCCGCUUUGCAGAAACCGCAGAGCUUCUUCGGUCCGCGGACUUCAACUACGCCAGGUCUGCAUUGGAGGAUGGCCUUGCGCAGCCAGGAUACCGUGGUGCGCAGCUGCAGAAUAUCCAGAAAUCUGUCAACAAAGCUAUCCAGCUGCUCGAGUCGUCUCCGCUUGUCCAGCACGAUGACUGGGACGUAACGGGCGUUGAAUGGGCCGCGUACAGAAAACGGGUUAAUUCUGCUCUUCAGGAGCUGGAAGAAUUCGCCGAGGGACAGGACCCGCCACAGCCAGCAGUAGGCGGAGGACCUCGUUUCCAAGCGGUCAAUUUCGGCAUGUCUCAGGGCCCAAGUCUGGCACAGAACGGUUUUUCGUUCACACAGUCAUCGCGCAUGGCGGAAAGUCGUGUCCCGUGGUCGAUCUAUCAGAACCUCAAGGGACUAUAUGGUAUCAUCCUUGGACAACCUCCUGCGAUCAUGGCACAGGCACAGGACUGGGUGGAGGCGACGAUCGGUUUGACAGCGUGGUGGGAUGGCGAGGAUGACAGCGACCCCUUUGCACAGAGCACGAAUGGUUUCGGUGCCAGUACGACGAGCAACAAGAGCUCGAAGACCAAAUCACCAAGCGCCCGACCCGGGGAUGCGAACUUGCAGGACGCCUAUAUCCGACGUCUUGACUAUAGCUUUGGCGCUGUCACCGAGGACACAUCGGGCAAGGCCGGAUAUCAGCCCAACUCUCUCAACACACUCGAAGUCGGCCUGGCAUCCGUCUUCGAGGGGAACGUCGAAGGUGUUCUGCAGCUUCUGCAAACGUGGUCGCUAUGCAUUGCAUCUGCGGUGGCUGAGGUUGCCUCUUUUGGCGGCUGGUGGGAGACGUCUGGGGGGUCGAAGCCACUGUCAGGCUUCCUCAGUGAAAACGACCUGAUGGUUCUGUCGUAUGGUCAGGAUGGAAACACGGCGCUCGGACGCCUGCGCAAGGACGACACCCUGACCGCGUAUGCGAAUGGUCUGUUCCGAAGGCCCACCCUUGGGAACGAUUCCGUCGUGAGGGAAGGCUGGGAGAUCGCCUUGGAAGUGCUCAGUCGAUUGGAUGAUGCAGACACGAUGCGGAAGACGGUGUCUGAGCUGUUGGAUAAGCUACCGCUUGAAAACAUUGACCGAGUGGAUAAGGUGGUUCUCCUGUGCACCGAUCUAGGGUUGGAGAAUGAGGGUAGGAAGAUAUCCGAGAAAUACGGUGACCAGAUCGUCGAUACAUCCGAAGAAUACGGGCUGGCGCUGAUCUGCUAUGCUCGCGCCCAUUCGAAACACAAAACAAAGGCGGUGGUGGACCUGCUGAUCUCGUGCUCGCUGGUUCAGUCCCGCGCGUACCCCCCGGCUGAGAAACUGGACGAGCAGCUUAGGACGCUACUGCGGCAGCCUAAGGCAUGUCUAUCGGCCAUCGCUUCCGUCGACAGUGAAGCUGCCCGCAUUUUGCAGUUUUAUGUUAGUGGUUAUGCCACGUUGCGCCGAUUCUACGAGACUCGUGAUGAGGCCGUCACGGCGACGGAUGGGCAGGCGCCACGACUCAAGCCGCUGGCGAGAAAGAGGGCUGCUGCUAACGCGCUGGUUACGGUGAUCCAGAGUGCCGCCGAUAGCAUCUAUGGCGGGCUUUACGAUCCUGACCGGGACUCUGCUGUGCAGGUCGACGGGCUGUUGGCGCUUCUCGGAGAGGCAUUGGUCUUCGUUAAUGAGUCGGCGGCUCCUAUUCUCAACGUUGCACAGCAAUCUGCCAUUCUGUCCGCGAUUGAGGACCUGGAGACGGUGACUCGGCCGCGGUGCCGAUCCAGAGGAUGCAUCCGCGUCUCAAUCGUUCGCCCUUCCGCCCUCUCCCGGACUCUUCUCAAGAAGUCCGUGUCUGAUCUCACAGUGUCGAGCAGCUUCUCUCUGAUCGGGAGCGAGAUGCUCGACCCGCAGGGCCGUUCUAACGGCGGGGGACUAGAAUCCGCCUCGGGAGUCCUGGUCCCUCGUCCCGGCGAGAAUCAUAAUCUCGCAGGAAUCAAGCGUGGCUGGGACUGGAGGGCCGGGCUCCCCGAAGACGCCAAGGCGGAAGACGUGCUUCGGAUCCUGCGCCUUGGUCUAGCCAAGGAUGCUGAGAUCAAGGGACUUUUUUCGACAGGAUGCGAAUGGGUGCACCAGCAUGCAGAUCAAGGAAGGAAGGAUAUUGCCGAAACUCAACUCAGUUACAUACAUGGGACAGACAACAAGGCUGAGACAGAUUUAUCCUCUUUGUCCCUACUUAAGUAUCUUACAUGUAGCUGA